AUGAAGCGCUACCUGGAGGGGCCCUGCAUUGAGCGGCUACAGACAUUGGUGGACUAUGGGAAUGGCUCCCUGCCGAGGAAAGAUAUCCCAGUGGUGAAUGUAACGCACCAGGCAAUGUCUGAUGGCCGAGACACCCUCUUCUGCAAGGUCUAUGGCUUCUACCCCAAGGAGAUCACCAUCACCUGGAGGAAAAAUGAAGAGAAGACCUUCCAUGGAGAUGUUGUCCCCAACUCAGAUGGGACCUUCCACACUUGGAUCAGCAUCCAGAUUAAUUCCACGGAGAAGAGUCACUACUGGUGCUCUGUGGAACAUACACCAACACUGAAAAAACCUCUUCUGAUUCCCUGGAAAUGGUCUGGCUCCGACUCACAUUCUAUGCGUUUUUUGUUCAUGGGGGUCUCAGAACCCAGACAGGGGCUGCCUGAGUUCAUGGCUAUGCAGUUUGUGGAUGACCAGCCCUUCAUAUAUUAUGACAGCAGUACCAAGAAGGCCCUGCCCCGAGCACAGUGGAUGGAGAAGCUGGAGAAGAAGAAUCCCCGGUACCGGGGCAUAUGGUCCUAUGCCAUACAUAACUGGGAGGAAAGGUUCAGAAUGAGCCUGGUGGAAAUACAGAAUUAUUGCAACCGGAAUGAGGGGUUUCACACCUGGCAGUUGACUGGGGGCUGUGAGUUGAGCAAAGAUGAGAAGAAAUGGGGAUAUGAAAGGUAUGGAUAUGAUGGGAAGGACUUCAUCAUGUUCGAUAAGGAGAACCUCAUCUGGAUGGCAGCCGAUGAAGUGGCCGAAAAUAUCAAAAAGAGGUGGGAUGCUGAUCUGAAAACAAAUCAGGACAAGAAGGCAUACUUGGAAGGGGCCUGCAUUACCUGGCUGCAGAAAUAUGUAGAAUAUGGGAGAGAGUCCCUGCUGAGGAAAGAGACCCCAGUGGUGAAAGUGGCACACAAGGCAGAUUCUGAUGACCGGGAAACCUUCAUCUGCCAGGCCUUUGGUUUCUACCCCAAAGAGAUUGAUAUCACCUGGAAGAAGGAUGGGGAGAUCUUUGAACAGACUUCCAGUGUGGAACCCGCCCCCAACUCGGAUGGAACCUACCACGCCUGGAUCAUUAUUGAGAUUGACCCAGAGCACAGAGACUGCUACCAGUGCCAUGUGGAACAUCCCAGCCUGCUGGAACCUCUGGACCUGAGUCUCUCAGAAGAGUCUGGUAGGAGCCUUCAGGGCUCCUCCACACAUUACUUGAGCCUUUUCUACACGUGGCUCUCUGAGCCCAACCAGGGGCUUCCUGAGUUCAUGGUUGGGCAGUUCGUGGAUGGCCAGCUCAUUACUUACUAUGACAGCAGCACCAAGAGAGUGUUAGCCCGAGCACAAUGGAUGGAGAAGAAUGAUACCCAAUUCUGGGACUUAGAAUCUAAGACUAUGAAGAGCUGGGAGGAAAAGUUCAGAGCGCUUUUUGUGAGGCUUCAGAAUGUCUCCAAUCAGAGUGAGGGGCUUCACAUCUGGCAGGGCACGCUUGGCUGUGGACUGCGUGAGGAUGGGAAGAAACGGGGAUACUGGCGAUCUGGUUAUGAUGGGCGGGACUUCAUCAGCUUUAACACAGAGACCAUCACCUGGACGGUAGCCGAUGCUGUGGCCGAAAAGAUGAAGGGGAAAUGGGGGUCUCUGCUGACAAUGAGCUCGAACAUGAAGCGCUACCUGGAGGGGCCCUGCAUUGAGCGGCUGCUGACAUUGGUGGCCUGUGGGAAUGGCUCCCUGCUGAGGAAAGAUCGCCCAGUGGUGAAGGUGACACGCAAAGCAACUGUUGGUGGCCAGGAAACCCUCUUCUGCCAGGCUUACGGCUUCUACCCCAAGGGGAUCAACAUCACCUGGAGGAAAGAUGGAGAGUUCUGGAAGCAGGGCAAGUUCUCUGUCAACCCCAACUCAGAUGGGACCUACCAAAGCCGGACGAACAUUCAGAUUGAUCCCAAGGACAGGGGGCGCUACCUGUGUUCUGUGGAACAUGCCAGUCUGCCAGAACCCCACUUGAUUCCCUUGGAAGGGCCAGAUGCCACCAUCUCAGUUCCUGCCACCACCCAUCAAGUGCAGCGUCGAGUCGGUGUCGAGUCGGUGUCGACUCCUGACCCAACAGUGGUGCACCCCUCCCUGAAGGAUGCGCCUCGCUGCCCUAUCAGCCAGUGCAUCUCACAUGCUUCCUUGUGCAAUGGCGUGUGGUACUGUUCCAGUGGAGGAGAUGAGCAGACCUUUGGCUCCUCCCCGCAUUCCUUGCGCUUUUUCUACAUGAUGGGGCUCAUUCCUGGGUCCGCUUAA